AUGACUCUCCUUUCAUCGAGGCGAGUAACAGGCCGGGUCUGGACCUCGGCCGACUGUUACAGUUUCGCUCUCCUUCGUCGAGCGCAAUGCUACAGUACCGAGUCUGUUCAGCCUGGUCAGUCAACAGCUAGGAAGCAACCACAGUUCCGUGAUUACUUUGUCUCCCACCUGCCGUCGUCUUCACUUCAUCCGGAUCCCCGUGGUCCGUCCUCGCCAUUUCAUAAACUCCCUCGCUCCGCUUCUCUUCCUCAUACCGGAGAUACCCCACAAUCGCCAGCUGCCUUCCAAGCUUUAAUAGAUCGUGAGACAACAGUCGUGCGGAUUCCACUCCGCAACGCAAAGCACCAUUUCGGCGCCGUCACCUCCCGUGGAACGCGCCCCUCGAAUGAAGACACGUACCAAGCCGGCGUCAUUGACAUCCCCGCCUUUGCGAAGCGAGCUCCAACUUCGCUAACGAUCAGGCGAUCCAAUCAACAAGGUCCUGUGGCCCACCCCCGGGAGUCGCGUGGUGCAGAAACAGCUAGUGGAGACCCACAAGUGUUCUAUUUCGGUAUCUUCGAUGGUCAUGGCGGAUCCGAGUGUAGUUCGUUCUUGAGGGACUAUUUGCAUGAGUAUAUCCAGAACACGGCAUUUGAUAUCGAACUUCGGUCCAGCCUACGGCCUGGUGCUGAAGUGCCACCCACCACUAGCGAACUACCUGUGAUGCAGGAAGGCGACCGGCGAAGAAUCGGAGACCUAGAGAAAUAUCUUAUGCAGACUUGGAGACGGGUAGUUGGUGGCUACUUCAAGAGAUUCAAGCCGCCGCACUUUGCCUACAAUGGCACCGAGUCUGCCGACCCGAUUGUUGAAAACCACAUAUCCAUCGAGGAAGUUGUGGAGUACGCCUUCCUGCGUGCGGAUCUAGAUUUUGUCAACGCUCAAGCGGCUAAGCGAGACGAUGAUCUGGUCCGUGCCGAAAGACCUCUGAACGAAGAUGAAAUCUUUCAUAGGCCCAGCAUGACCCGGUCUCCCCAGAUCGGCGGAAGCGCCCGGUUCAAGGGUGGCAGCACCGGAAGCAUCGCGAUGAUCUCUACUUCGACGCCAGCUUCCUUCUGGCACCCCAUCGCCCCAUCGAGCCUGCUGGUUGCUCAUGUUGGCGACACCCGCAUACUCCUCUGCUCAACAGAAACUGGCCAAGCUAUCCCCAUCACAUCAAACCACCACCCCUCGUCUCCGAUCGAGGCCACCCGACUCCGACGGUAUGCCACAACCUUUGUAACAGACUCUUUCGGCGAAGAACGCAUGAGCGGGCUAGCCAACACGCGCGCUUUCGGCGAUGUCCAAUCCAAGCGUAUCGGAGUCUCUGCUGAGCCCGAACUUAAGCGUAUCGAGCUUGGCCCGGCCGAGUUUUCGUUCUUGGUUUUGGUAUCCGAUGGCAUCAGCGGAACACUCCUCGACCAGGAGGUCGUUGAUAUCGUCAAGGAGGCCAAGACGCCGGAGCAGGGGGCGCGUGAUGUGGUCAGUUUCUCGACCGAGGUCACUAAAGAAGGUGACAAUGCUACUUGUCUUGUUGUUCGCCUUGGUGGCUGGGAGCGUCGUCUCGAGGGCGGUGUUGGUAGUAUGGGUACUAAAGAGUCUCGCGAGUGGCGUCGGCAGGAUGCCACUGAUCCGCGCAGGUCACGGACAUGA